GUCAUUGUUGAAAGUCUGCGCUGAACAUUAAGAAUCUACUUACUACUCCAGUAAAUCCCAUUCAAUUACAACAAUGGCUCCUCCGCAGCCAGUAAAUUCGAGUUCAGCUCGAGGAGGAGGAGGAGGAGGAGCAGGCUCUACAGCUUCGCAUUCAAAUAAGAAAAAGUUCGUACUCACAAUGCUGAUGUGCAAAUGUUAACUGACCAAGCUUUCAUAGACCUGCCACUCCAUUCGCCGUCAAACCCAUCAGCGCAUUUUACGUCUUCCUAGGAGCAAACAUUUUGGCAGCUCUAUAUGCUCCUAUACAAGAUUGCGAUGAGACCUUUAAUUACUGGGAACCUACCCAUUAUCUCAGCCAUGGCUAUGGAUUACAGACAUGGGAAUAUUCUCCAGAAUAUGCAAUUCGAAGUUGGUUGUACAUCACUCUUCAUGCCUUGAUGGGGAACUUUAGAAGACUACUCCCAUUUCCGACGAAGGUACGGACAACCCGAUCCAUGAUUGUCAGUUAGUAUUCUGAUUCGAAAAACAGCUUGGUGAAUUCUAUUUCAUCCGAUAUGGUCUCGCAUUUACCUGUGCUCUGUGCCAGACUCAAAUGUUUCGAGUUAUUAACGGAACUUUGAAUCCGCGCGUGGCCAUGUUCUUCUUGAUGGCAAACAUUUUUACUCCGGGUUUCUUCCAUGCUUCUGCCUCUUUCUUGCCCUCGAGCUUCGCUAUGUACACAACUAUGCUUGGAAUGGCUGCUUUAAUGAACUGGAGAGGAGGCCUGAAGACCGCGCAGGGCAUCUUUUGGUUUGCAGUCGGAGGCAUUCUCGGUUGGCCAUUCUCUAUGGCCUUAUCUGCCCCUUUCUUGAUUGAAGAGGUUGUCUUUGCUAGUUUGAGUGAUAAGGACGCCAUCAUCGAUACCGUAAUGCGCUUCCUUAAAGGAGUCGUUGGAGGACUUGUUGUUCUGGUAAGGUUUCUCUGGGCCAACCCGUCAGUAGUUACUAACAUUGAAACAGUUCUUGGAAUUCCUUGUUUCUGGCUUUUUCUACAGACAACUAGUGGUUGUCCCUCUGAAUAUUGUUCUUUAUAAUAUUUUCAGUGGUGAGGGAAGAGGCCCUGAGAUCUAUGGUACUGAACCAUGGCAUUUUUAUAUCCGUAAUUUACUUCUCAAUUUCAAUAUUUGGUUUGUGCUUGCAAUUUCCGCCCUCCCUCUUUUCAUACUUCAAAAGGUAUUUGGGUCGCGAGAAGGCGGUACCACAACAGCUCUUCGCAGCAUUGUCUUUGUAGCACCAUUUUACAUAUGGCUUGCGAUCUUUAGCUUUCAACCACAUAAGGAAGAGCGUUUUAUGUACCCAGCGUACCCAUGCCUUGCACUUAAUGCGGCCAUGUCACUACAUAUUAUCCUGGCGGCUUUUGGUCGCUCGGAUCCUAAAACCUUGGUUGGUAGAAUUCCAGCAAAAUUGAAGCUAUUGUUUGUGAGCUUCUUUGUCAUCGGAUCCGUGGAUGUCGGUCUAGCAAGGAUUUAUGGAAUCUAUACAGCAUACUCGGCGCCCUUGAAGAUAUAUAGCCCUCUUCAGAAUGGUACCCUUGGGUCACGAGGAGACUCAGUCUGCUUUGGUAAAGAAUGGUACAGAUUCCCCAGCUCUUAUCAUUUGCCAAAUGGUAUGAAAGCAAAAUUUGUAAAGAGCGAGUUCGAUGGACUGCUCCCCGGCGACUUCUCCGAAGCUAGUGAGGGAUUUGGUAUUUGGUCAACAUGGCUCAUCCCCUCAGGUAUGAAUGACCAAAACAUUGAAGACAUGGGCAAAUAUGUAAGUAGUUCUCGCCUCAUCGUAUUUUCGGCGGUGGUCUAAUUGUUAACAGGUUGACCUGAAAACUUGCAACUUUCUGGUCGACACAUACUACCCUCACUCCGUAGCCUCCGAACUUGAGCCUCACUACAUUAUGGAUGUCGAAAAUUGGGAGUCAGUGAAAUGUGAACCAUUUCUUGACGCGUCCCAAACCCACAUCCUUGGUCGGACCAUAUGGUUGCCAGAUUUGCCCUUCGUUCCAGAGAAAUUUCGCAGAAAAUGGGGAAGCCACUGUUUGUUGAAACGAGCGGCAAAGAAGUAAGUUGCCAGCUAUGUAUAAUAAUUCGGAUAUAUCAAAAGUUCGGGUCUAGGGUUUCGGUGCCGGUUUAAGCAUUCAUGUAUCUAUAAACCAUCAAGGUAUGUACAACCACAAUAUAAAAUCGAAUUUUCACGCGUAGCUCCUUAAAAUCCUGCUGUUUUU